CAGAGUCAUCAGUUUUCUUCUUUUAGUGAUGUAGUUACUUUCUGUGUUGGCGUUUGUUUCUUUCGUUCUUAUUUUAUGACCAGGCCCGGUGUAAAGCCCCGUGUUUUCCUGAAACGUUCGUCCGGCUGAAGUGUUCCGACUUCUCGUUUGUCCGUUUCUUCGUGCCGGCUUCAGCAGGAGCUGUAAGAAGAUGAGCAGGGGUCGGGGAGUACGAAAAAAAAUCGGUGCGGAUAAGGAAACCGACCUUGACAAGUUCAGCCCGGAUGUUCUUGCCGAAAUCAAGGAGCUCUUCAGCAAGAAUGUUACCUAUUAUAAGCCCCCUUCCAGGGAGUGGCGCAUCCCAAACCCCAACGAAGCUUUGAAGUAUGAAUCCCAGCAGUACAGAAGCCUGCAGGCCCUUAAAGAAUCUCUGAACCAGGUUAAGGAUCAGCUCAGUGACAAGAACCUGGAAGAGUGGCACCAGCACACUUCUUUCACCAACAAGGCGGGGAAGGCCAUCUCCCACGUGCGCACGACGGUCAAUGCUGAGAUAUGCACACAGGCGUGGUGCAAAUUUUAUGAAAUCCUGGCUACUUUUCCUUUAAUUCCUCAGAGGGCGCUGCAGAGCGGAGAGUUCAAUUCGGUGCAUCUCUGCGAGGCGCCUGGGGCUUUCAUAGCCAGUCUUAAUCACUACCUCAAGACCAAUUGUCUCUACUGUGAUUGGAUGUGGGCAGCCAACACCCUCAACCCUUACCACGAGGCCAAUGACAACGGCAUGAUGAUAAUGGAUGACCGCCUGAUUGCCAGCACUCUGCCCUGGUGGUUUUUCGGCUCUGACGACACUGGAGACAUCAUGAGCCAAAAGCAUCUGCUGGAACUGAAGAGGUUCACCAGCAACAUGCGCGCCAUCGACUUGGUCACGGCAGACGGCAGCUUUGACUGCCAGGGGAAUCCCGAUGAACAGGAAGCCCUAGUGGCCUCGUUGCACUACUGCGAGGCUGUCAGCGCCCUGAUGCUGCUCAGAAGCGGAGGAUCCUUUGUUUUAAAGAUGUUCACCUUGUUCGAACAUUCCUCCGUCUCCCUGCUCUACCUUCUGAACUGCUGUUUCAAUGCCGUUCACGUGUUCAAGCCGGCAACGAGCAAGGCUGGAAAUUCCGAAGUCUACGUGGUUUGUCUGAAGUAUUCCGCCAAAGAAGCCGUGAGGCCUUUGCUCUCCAAGAUGAUCCGCAACUUUGGCCCCGACAUCGCCGGGAGAGCCCUCUUCCCUCACCAUUCGAUUCCGGAUUCCUUCCUUAGGCAGCACAAGGAAGUCUGCUCCUUCUUUCACAAGCUCCAGAUUCAGACCAUCAGGGAAAACCUCCGGCUCUUCCCCUCGAUGAGCGAGGAACAGAAGCAGAGGCUGAGCCAGCUGAGGGACUGCGCGGCGGAGUUCUACCUCCAAAGGUAUCGAGUGCAGUACCUUCCCAGAAGCAAAUGGCUCUCGAAAACCGCCCUGCGAGGCUGCAGCUUGAAUGGCAAGCUGUUUGGUCACCGGAAGCAGGUUGGGUCUUUCAAUGAAAGAAAGGAGUUGGAGACCCUUACUUGGAAGGAAAAGGUGGAGAAGGGGUACUACAAGGCUUGGAUCGAACAGCAUGUCUCGGGGGAUCUUGGCAAGGACUGCAUUCUGAGAGGCCCAGGUGAAGACUGCGACAUAGAAGCCUGGUAUGUCUUAAAAGGUGCAGCCUUACCGAAGGUCCGGAGUUCACCUUUCUGUGAUUUGGAAUUGCUGAACCACCUGAAUGAAGCUCUAGAGCAGUCCUUGUUAACGAGGUGUGGUAAUGGCUCUCCAAGAGGAGCAUGUGGAAAUCCCUGUAGAACAUGUGUGGUGACAACAACUGACCACCUUCUGUCAGAAGCAUCCAGUCUCUUCCAGGAACAGCCAGCAGCAGCCCUUCCGGAAGAGGGUGCCCACUGCCUCGUGGUAGGGAGCUCUUGUGCCCAGCAGACCGGCCAUCUGCGCGUUGAGUUUUCUGCGCCGCCACCUUGCCCAGCUCCCAGCUGCGUGACCCUCCACGACGGGGAGCCGAGAUACCAGCAGGAAUUCUUGCGGUGCAUUUUGUGCUCCCUUCGCAAGCUGCAGGCCGGGGGGUCGUUCAUUCUGCCCAUCUUGUCCUCUUUCACCCGCUUCACAGCCGGGCUUGUCCUUGCUCUGCACCUCUGCUUCCAGUGCGUCAGCUUCAGGUGUCCAACCUCAUCCGACGCUUUGGGCACCAUUGCUGUACUGCUGUGCAGUGGGUAUCAGCUGCCUAGUGACAGACUGGUGGCCUUCCUGCAGGACAUGCACAGUGUGAUGUCAGAAACGUCACAGCCAGGCGUCCAACGGCAGGUGCUGCAGUUCGUACCAAUGGAGGUCCUUUUGAAGGGUGAUCUCCCGGAGUUUCUGUGGACCAUGAAUACUGCAAUCGCUAAGCACAAGCUCCACUUGCUCGGUCAGGCUGAGCAGGAGUCAAUGAUGCUGAGUGCUUAGCUGUAGUUAGAUGUGAGAAAGCCACAAGGUGAGCUAUUGAAUCCUGCUGCUCUACAGCAGCAUUCAUUUCAGGUCACAAAGGGAGCUCGCUGUGCUAGCCAGGUGAAUCAUUUUGAUUUUUUUUUUCCAAGAAAAAAUGCCGAUGUUAUUUAGAAAGAUAAGAGAGUCUGAGCUCCAUGAAGGUAACUUGCAUCAAGUUUUUAUAGGUUGAGUUUUUUUAUUUUGCAAGAGAAAAGUGUGCAUUUGGCACUAGAAAAUCGCAUUCUUAUGGUGAAAACCCAAUGAGGAAUUUGUUGCCUUCCAAGCCCUUCGUUACCAUUAUCCUCCAUCUGCCACUACCAGAAGAUGCUUUAGUUUCCGAUACGUCCUUAAGUAUAAUUACCACUCUGUAGUGUCAAAAGCAUGUUUGUAAAAUGGCAAAGAAAUACAGUGAUUCUGUAGUUUGUUUCCAUAACCAUUCUGUUCUUUUUCUGUAACCAAACCCAUAUUUCGUUAGUUGCAUGUGGUGCAGUAAGGCAGUUCCAUGAAACUAUUUUUCCAACACACUACUGGACUAGCAAUUAAGACCACUGGUGAAGUUCCAUGGCGAGUUGUAGCGGAUGACAAGAUGCCAGGCGGCAGACCUCUUACAAAAGCCAUUGAGAAAUGCCUUAAUUGGUCCAAGUGUACCACAUUCCAUGUAAUCCUUUAUUUAUUUAGUUUUUGAAGAACUCCCUGGCAGUAAUAAGGGGGGGGGGGGAAUUAUAAUUAUUUCAAAGGUUUAGAAUUGAGAUUAAAUGUUCCUUUCUAUAGCACCCUGUAGACAGCAUAGUGAGAGUAAUUGAAUUUAAUUUAAGUUUUAAGGUAGAAUGAAAUAGGUGGGUGAGAAUUGCUUUACUUUUCUGUCUUUUGUUUUCUUUGUCCUGGUAGGAACAGAGCUACGUUUUUGGUUUCUGAAAGAAAAAAAGUAUGUGGGGAGAUUGAAUACCAGUGACUGGAAAAGAUCAUUAAAAACAAAGAUGUUUGUCCCAAUAAUUAUUGCACGUUUUUAGAAAAAAAAUCAAGUUUGCUUUUAUCUAUUUUUGUCAUUUUUUUUGUAUGCGAUUUAAAUAUGGCCAAUAAGAAAUAGAAAAAUGUUUAAUUUUAAUAUUGUAACAUCUUGCUCAGACUAUUUUUUUCACCUGCGUGUGCUUUCUGCAAUAUAUAUACAGUAUGCACAGAAAGAUUGUGCCUUUACACCAAACUGCAGCGUUUCUCUAUCGGAAUUAGUAAGUUCUUUUGUCUCAUACAAUGUCAUCAUGUAAAGAAAUCUACCUCAGAGAAUCAUAUGGCUGGAGACCCACAGGUUCCUGGGAAGUGACUCUGCAGGAGAGCAAAAAGAAUUCCCAACUUUUCUUGAAGUGCCCGUUCCCAGAGCUUUGGUCCGAAUUGGAAAAAGUACCUGUGAGAAAAUGUAAGGUAUUCCUCAGGCUUAAAAGCCAUCUACACCAUGGACAAGUCAUGUUUUCAAUGUAUUUUUAUUUUGAAAUGAUAUGAAUUCUAGAUGCAAAUGUGAUCAAAAUGAAACAGACCGAAAAGGAUGAAUGCAUCCAACAUCGUGUCGAAACACUAAAAUCUCAAUGUAUUUUAUCCAUGAUGUGGCAAAAAUACGAGGCAGUGUGUAUUCUUAUUUUGUCUUCCCUUUUGGCCAUUACAAAUGGCUUAUGGUUUAUAAUACAGAGGAAAGUAUUUUUGUUUGCUGGAUGGUAUACUUUAUAAUGUAUAAUGUAACUAAAGGGACUGCUGAAUCAGCAGCACUUUAGAGUUAGAAAUCUUUUUUUAUUUAUAUCCAAAAGCUGUUAUGUUGGCCUCUUGUAAAUACAUAUUCUAUAUAAACACAUUAUAAAAUAAUUUGUUGGCGUGUCAAUUUCUUUAAAAAAUGUAAGUCCGUGUCCAUACAAUGUGCCUUGUGUACCUGCAAUAACAUAAAUAUUGAAAUGCAUUAUAACAGUGACUGUCAAAUUAUGUGCUACUUCCAAAGGUACAAAUCUUCUAGUAUUUAAUUGUCCCUAGUCUCCUAGGAUGAAUUUUAUGUGUGCAAUGACAAUUGGAUCGUUUAGCUGAAAGGAAAGCAGUAUUUUGGGUAGCAUGAUGGUCCAGUAGCAUUGCAACCUUGCCAGGCUGGGGUCCUGGGUUCAAGUCCUGGCUGCUAUCCGUGUGGAGUUUGUACGUUUCCUCCCGAAGUACAGAGACAAACUGGUAGGUUACUGGUAGGGCACACCUGGGCAUAUUGGCCCUGGUGUGUGUGUGUCUUGCCCUGCCCUGCGGUGGACUGGCAUUCCGUCCGGAGUGUAUCCCAUUACUUGCUGGGAUAGGCUCCGGCUCCCCCACCACUCUGCCUUGGCUAAAGCAGUUGCAAACUGGGUUUCUGGGAAGCAGUGUGAUAAAUAAGUACAAAAAACAAAAUA